AUGUUGACACUUUCUCUUUCAGGGGAUGUAUCUGGGGAGGCAUUGUUAUUUGUUGAAGACCUCUCGACUGCUGAUAUUACACGUAUUAAACCUCCAUAUGAAUCUGUCCACCUUAAGCUUCUAGUUGUAACAUUUACAGGAACUAAAAAUGAGAGUGUCAUAUGCUUUCGAACUUCAUAUUUCUUUUGGGAAACAAAGUUUAGUCGGAAAGAGAAAGUGAAAAAGCUUGCAAAUUCAGUCGAAAACAAAACCCAGAAGAAGAAACCAGUCAGGAAUGUGACAACAAAAACUACUGGUUAUAGCAAAGAGGAGGCGAAAAAGGAAGAAGACGAAGAGGCUGAGUCAGGUUAA